AUGAAGCCCCACUCCAACACUGGCUUCGCCGCUAGUCCACUCCACGUCACCUCUCCUCCCCGAUCCUCACCGCGAAUCUCUCUCCGGCGACAGCUCAUCCACGUUUUCCGGCGAGUAUCCUACACCAAACGCCGCCAAACCAGCAUCUCCGUCAUUCUCCGCCGCAGUCCUUCCUCGAAUUCCGAUGAAAACUACUCAGACGAAGCUGGCCGGAGGAGUUCGCUCACGAGGAGACAAGCGCUGCUCUUGCCGUCGCUGGCGCUCGGCGCCUGGUUUCUCAAAUCGGCCGUGGCGAGUGCGGACGACUCUCCUCCGCCGUCCGCGCCGUCAAUGACGGUGCCGGUGCCGGUGCCGAGAGCCGAGGAGUUGAAGAAAGAGGAGGAGGUGAUAACGUCGAGGAUUUACGACGCGACGGCGAUCGGAGAGCCGAUGGCGGUGGGGAAGGACAAGAGCAAGGUCUGGGAGAAGGUGAUGAACGCUCGGAUUGUGUAUCUAGGGGAAGCCGAACAGGUUCCGAUUCGCGACGAUAAGGAAUUGGAGCUUGAGAUUGUGAGGAAUUUGAACAAGAGGUGCUUGGAGAGUGAGAGAGCCUUGUCUUUGGCUCUUGAAGCUUUUCCUUGUGAUCUUCAGGAGCAGCUCAAUCAGUACAUGAACAAAAGCAUAGAUGGUGAAGCUUUGAAGUCGUACACUUCACAUUGGCCGCCGCAACGCUGGCAGGAGUAUGAGCCUCUUCUGAGUUACUGCCGAGAUAAUGGAGUUCGGAUUGUGGCUUGUGGUACUCCACUCGCGGUCUUACGGACUGUACAAGCGGAGGGAAUACAUGGGCUUUCAAAGGCUGAUCGUAAAAUGUAUGCUCCCCCAGCAGGUUCGGGGUUCAUCUCAGGCUUCACUUCGAUCGCUCGCAGAUCGCCAGUUGAUAGCAAUUCUCCGAAUCAGAUUGUUCCAUUUGGGCCAAGCUCGUAUCUAUCUGCACAAACAAGAGUGGUUGAGGAUUAUACCAUGUCCAAGAUUAUCUUAAAGGCCAUGAAAGGUGGAGGAGCAAGUGGUUUGCUAGUGGUGGUGACAGGUGCAAGCCAUGUCAAGUAUGGGCUUAGAGGGACUGGAUUGCCAGCCAGAAUUUCAAAAAAGAUGCAAAAGAAAAACCAAGUAGUUAUAUUACUUGAUCCUGAAAGACAGGACAUACGGCGAGAGGGAGAAGUUCCUGUUGCUGAUUUCUUGUGGUAUUCUGCUGCCAGAGCCUGCAAUAGGAAUUGUUUUGAUCGUGCUGAAAUUGCUCGAGUUAUGAAUGCGGCAGGCAGGAAAAGAGAUGCUCUUCCACAGGACCUUCAGAAAGGACUGGAUCUUGGUUUGGUAUCUCCAGAGGUAUUACAGAACUUCUUUGAUCUGGAGCAAUAUCCUCUUGUUUCAGAACUUACUCAACGUUUCCAGGGUUUCAGGGAAAGAUUGUUGGCAGAUCCCAAAUUCUUGCAUAGAUUAGCUAUAGAAGAAUCUAUAUCAAUAACAACUACUUUAAUAGCACAAUAUGAGAGGCGCAAAGAAAAUUUCUUUGAGGAGCUGGACUACGUGAUCACGGAUACUUUAAGGGGGAUAGUUGUUGAUUUUUUUACAGUGUGGCUUCCUGCUCCAACAUUGUCAUUCCUUUCAUAUGCUGAUGAAAUGGAUGUCCCUGAUAGCAUGGACGCUAUUAAAGGUCUUCUUGGGUCCAUUCCAGAUAAUGCUUUUCAGAAGAGUCUUGUGGGGCAGGAUUGGAGUAUCAAUCAUAGACUUGCAUCUGUGCUUUUGGGUGGUCUGAAACUAGCUAGUGUUGGAUUUAUUUCCAGUAUCGGGGCUGUUGCUUCCUCAAAUAUUCUAUUUGCAGUUCGCAAAUUCAUUAAUCCAGCUCUGGUUACUGAUCAGCAAAAGAAAAGAAGCCCAAUACUUAAAACAGCAAUAAUCUAUGGAGGCUUUCUCGGAACAUCAGCAAAUCUCCGUUAUCAGAUUAUUGCAGGACUAGUGGAGCAUAGACUUUCUGACGAAUUUUCUUCUCAAACAUUACUCGUAAAUAUGAUCUCUUUUCUUUCUCGGACAAUAAACUCUUACUGGGGAACUCAGCAAUGGAUUGAUCUUGCACGCUUUAGUGGACUGCAAGCUUCGAAGAGUGAACCGUCGAUUUACCAAACAUCGGGUUCUACUAACCAGGUUGCAUUGGAAUGUAACAACACAGAGGAAACAAGUGUAGAUGAAAUCCAAAACAAAUGA